CCCAGGUGGAGGUCUGGAAGCUCCCGGGUCGUGAUGGCUUUGGCAUCGGGGUCCGCCAGGCGGGCGCUCCCCCGCCCCGGGAGGUUCGACCUUGGUGGCUGCGGGGCCCCGAGACGCUGGGCGUAUGAGUGGGGUGUGCGCUCCACGCGGAAGCCUGAGCCUCGUCCCCUGGACCGAGUGUACGAGAUCCCUGGCCUGGAGCCCAUCACCUACGCGGGGAAGAUGCACUUCGUGCCUGGGAUGGCGAGGCCGGUCUUCCCGCCCUGGGACCGCGGCUGGAAGCACCCAAAGUUCAGCCGCACGCCCCCGGUUCACGAGCAGCCCCUGUACAAGGAGCAGACCUGCCACAUUUUCCACCAGCGUUGCCGCCUGAUCGAGGGUGUAAAGCAGGCCCUCUGGCUUACCAAGACCCAGUUAAUAGAUGGCCUCCCGGAGAAAUUACGCAGCAUUGCUGACGAUCCAGGAAACCACAUAGAGAACCAAGAUGCGCGCGUGCUGAACGCGGUGUUUCACGCUCGCCUCUGGCACUCCACAGAAGACACCCCCAAGAGAGAGACCUACUGCCCAGUCAUUGUGGACAGUCUGAUUCAGCUGUGUAAAUCCCAGAUCCCCAAGCAUCCUGCGCUGAUCCAGCGGAUCUGUGCCCAAAACUACUCGUUUUGUACCACCUGGACCCGAGAGUCUGUGCUCCUGCAGGUCCGCGGGUCGAGCGGGACCCGGUUGAGUGCCAGGGCUCCUCUGCCCCCCAUUGCCACCAGAGAGGAGGUGGAGGCCACGAAGGCCCACGUCCUGGAGACCUUCUACCCAAUCUCCCCCACCAUCGACCUCCAGGAGUGCCACCUGUACGACGUGAAGGAUGACACAGGGUUUCAGGAAGGCUAUCCCUACCCCUUCCCUCACACCCUGUACCUCCUGGAGACUGCCCAAAUACGACCAAACCGCUUCGCGCCAGACCAGCUACGGGCCAAGAUGCUGCUGUUUGCUUUCGGCCACGCCCUGGCCCAGGCCCGGCACCUCUACGGGCCGGACCCACAGAUCUUGGCACAGCCAGUGACCGUGCAGAGUGUGGGCACAGACGGGCGCGUUUUCCAGUUCCUGGUCUUUCAGCUGAACACCACCGACUUGGCCUCCAGUGGUGGCAUCAAGAACCUGGUCUGGGUGGACUCGGACCAGCUCCUGUACCAGCACUUCUGGUGUCAGCCGGUGGUCAAGAAGAAGGUGGUUGUGGAACCCGUCGGGCCAACUAGCUUCCACCCGGAGACGUUCAGGAAGUUUCUAGCCCUGUAUCUGCACGGGGCAGUGUGAGCAGAGGCCCGACCCACCUGACGCUGAGCGUCCCCCGCUCCCACUGACGCUCUGCAUUCUGGGCCGGUGGGGUGGGAGGGGCGGCCCUCGCAGAAAAUAAAGAGCUUCCUGUGCCCUGGAA